AUGGAGGGGACAACGCUGAUGGCUGGACAGGAGAAGCCACAGAAGCGGGUGAGGUUCCGUGUGGCUUCGGGGAACAGCGGCCGGGUGCUGAAGGAGAUGUUCAAGGAUGAGGGGCCUUCAGACUCCCUGGAUUCAGACUGCACCAGCAGUUCGGAUGCAGAACGGGCCAGCACCCCCUCUACAAGUGGAGAUGGACACCUGUAUGGAUACCUGGGCUCCGAGCUGGGCGACAGCGAGUGUGAGCCUGAUGAUCUGCUCAUGUACGCAGGGGCCACCAAGGACUGGAUGUUCACCACCAAGAGGGUCAACAUACUCAGUAAAAAUGGCACUGUGAGAGGGGUCAAGCACAAAGUCAGCGCAGGUCAGACGCUGUUUGAAAACCUUCCCACUUCCAACAGUUUAUCUCUUGAAUUUGGGCGGAUAGUGAUCUACACUACGAGUUUCCGUGUGGUGAGGACAACCUUUGAGCGCUGCGAGCUGGUCCGGAAGAUCUUCCAGAACCACAGGGUGAAGUUUGUGGAGAGGAACAUCGCCCUGGACAUUGAGUACGGGAAGGAGUUGGAGGAGCGGUGCAAACGUGUGGGAGAACCUCCUUCAUUACCAGUCGUGUUCAUUGACGGACACUACCUUGGGGGUGCUGAGAAAAUACUAGGCAUGAAUGAAUCAGGAGAGCUUCAAGAUCUUCUGACAAAAAUAGAGAGGGUACAGCAGCCCCAGACGUGCCAGACCUGUGGGGGCUUCGCCUUCAUCCCGUGCCCAAUGUGCCAUGGCAGCAAGAUGUCCGUGUUUCGCAACUGCUUCACGGAUUCCUUCAAAGCCCUCAAGUGCACUUCCUGCAACGAGAACGGCCUGCAGCCCUGCGUGAGCUGCAGCCACUGAGGAUGUUAAGUGCCUGACCCAACAUCCUUACUUCCGUCUCUGGGACUUUAGGCAGGACGUUCAACUGGAC